AUGAGCGCUCAGGCCCCCGUCGACUCCCUCGUCAAGCAGGUCGAGGGCCUGUCCCUCGACGCGCUCGCUGACAAGUACCCCAACUGCUACCCGCAGAUCAACCCCUUCGAUCUGUACCGCGCCCAUCUCAGCAAUGUGCUGGCUGACAUCACGGGUGUCGACCCCAAGAUUAUUUAUCCUGCGCUCGCCUGGACCCAGGGCCUGGAUAAGGGCGAUCUGACACUGCCGACGCCGGCGCUCAGGAUUAAGGGGCAGAAGCCGGAUGAGUUGGCUAAGACUUGGGCGGAGAAGUUCCCCGACAACGACCCUCUCUUCGAGAAACCCGUUGUCACCAAUUACUUCCUGUCCUUUUUCUUCCGCGGGCCAGCUCUUGUCAAGGGCGUGCUCCCCAUGAUCCAGCACUUCGGCGCCGAGUACGGCAACAACAAGUUCAACGGCCUCAAGGACCCCAAGGAUCCCUCCAAGGGCAAGAAGCGCAUCGUCGUCGAGUUCUCCUCGCCCAACAUCGCCAAGCCCUUCCAUGCCGGCCACCUGCGCAGCACCAUCAUCGGCGGCUUCCUCGCCAACCUGUAUGAGGGCGCCGGCUGGGAUGUGGUGCGGAUAAACUACCUUGGUGACUGGGGCAAGCAGUAUGGUCUGCUGGCGCUCGCGUACGAGCGCUACGGUGAUGAACAGGCCCUCCAGCAGGACCCGAUUAACCACCUGUUCCAGCUGUAUGUGCGCAUCAAUAAUGAGUUGUCGGCCGAAAAAGAGGAUAUUGCCAAGCGCAAGGAGGCUGGUGAGGACGUGACCGCACUAGAGGCCAACAGCCUGGAUGAGCAGGCGCGCAGGUACUUCAAGAAGAUGACGGAGCGGGAUCCCGACGCGCUGGCCAUGUGGAAGCGCUUUCGCGAUCUGAGCAUUGUUCGCUACAAGCAGACGUAUGCGCGGUUGAAUAUCAAGUUCGAUGAGUACAGCGGUGAAAGCCAGGUGUCGGAGGAGGCGAUGGACAAGAUUGUCAAAGAGAUGCUGGAGAAGGGGAUAUGCAAGGAGGAUCAGGGUGCAUUGCUCGUUGACUUCCCGUCGCUCAUCCCCGGCAAGGAGGGUAAGCGGCUGGAGCGGCCGCUUGUGCGCAAGAGGGAUGGUACGGCGCUGUAUCUGACGCGCGAUAUCGCCGAGCUGUUGGCGCGUCAUGAGAAGUACCAGUUCGACAAGAUGAUAUAUGUCAUUGCAUCGGCGCAGGAUCUGCAUGUGAAGCAGUUCUUUAAGAUUGUGGAGUUGCUGGGGCACAAGGAUAUUGCGGAGAAGUGCCAGCAUGUCAACUUUGGUCUGGUGCUGGGCAUGAGCACGCGCAAGGGCACCGUCAAGUUCUUGGAUGACAUCCUGCGUGAUGUCGCCGACAAGAUGCACGAGGUGAUGAAAAAGAACCAGGAGAAGUACCAGCAAGUGGAAAAUCCCGAGGCCACGGCCGAUACCCUCGGUAUCAGCAGUGUCAUGGUGCAAGACAUGACGGGCAAGAGAAUCAACAACUACACCUUCAACAUCGACACCAUGACCGCCUUCGAAGGCGACACCGGCCCCUACCUGCAAUACGCGCACGCCCGCGUCUGUUCGAUCCGCCGCAAGGCCGGCCUUACCGACGAGGAGCUGCGCAGCGCCGAUUUCUCCCUGCUCACCGAGCAGCACGCGGUUAACAUUGUCCGCUUGCUUGCCCAGUGGCCCGAUAUCGUGCAGACAACGCUACGCACGCUGGAGCCGACGACGGUUUUGGGCUAUCUUUUCAAGAUGACGCAUGAACUGAGCCGGAGUUAUGACCAUUUGCAGGUUGUGGGAAGCGAGAGGGAGGUGAUGAAGGCGCGGAUGGCACUGUAUGAUGCCGCGAGGACGGUGCUCGGGAAUGGCAUGCGAAUGUUGGGUUUGACGCCAGUGGAGAGGAUGUAA